AUGUAUGAUUGGUUAGCCGUGUAUUAUAGUGCAAUUUGGUGGAUAGUGCUUUCGUUUCUGACUUUAUGUUGUUCUACCAACAAAAGAGAACCUCCGCGAGCCAAAUCAACCAAUCGAAAAUUAUCAACUAAUAAGGUAAGUCGCAAGAACUUUGUUUACAAAAUAAAAAAUAAAAAAAACUUUUUUUACAAAACAAAAAAUGGUAAGGACUUUCUUUACAAUGCUAAAAAUGGGAAGAUUUUUCUUUACAAAACUUAAAAAGCAAGUUUUUAAAAAGUGAAAGUUGAGUGGAAGAUUUCUAAUGUAUUUUGCACUAAAAAUCUUCCACUCAACUUCCAUUUUUAAAGUGUCUUAAAAUUGCCUAAAAACACUUUUUUGACACUUUUUAAAAGUGGAAUUUAAGUGGAAGAUUUGUAAUGUGUUUUGCACUGAAAAUCUUCCAUUUAUCUUCCAGUUUUGAAAAAUGCUCAAAAUUUGUUGCGUAACUUAAUAAUGGCAAGAACUUUUUUUACAAAACAUAAAAUGGUAAGAACUUUCUUUACAAUGCGGAGAAUGGCAAAAACUUUGUUUACAUGUUUCAGCCAAUUCCGGACGAAGACAGAUGGAGAUCAAAACAGGUGCGCAGAACAGACAGUUCGAGUACAAAUCGUGGCGAUGAGAUAGUGAAACCGACCAGAGUGAUUCGGCGAGAACAUUCGGCCGAGGAACUGAAGAGAACGUUCGAGAAGUUGAGCCAAAAGUACCGUAAGAAGAGAAGAGGGCCUAUUGUAGACAAAACAUUAACAUCGACAAUACUGGUCGAGGAGGAUGAGGGUGAUUUCGAGAAUGGAGUAAGUUUUGAAAUUUUAAAUUUUAUAAGAUUGUUCAAAUAAUUCUGUGCUUUCAUUUUAAGGCAAGUCUUCGGGGUUAAGGGCCUUCUUGAAGCAAAUGCUUGGGGUGGGGGCUCAGAAUUAUUUGAACAAACUAAUAGUUGAAGUUUUUUUGAACAAACUAAUAGUUGAAUAACAAACUAAUAUGUAGUUGAAAAUUAAAUGAAAACAUUUCGUUUACAGGGCAAAAAAUAGCAAGAACUUUCUUUACAAACUAAAAAACGGCAAAAACUUUCUUUACAAAGCGAAAAAUGGCAAGAACUUUUUUUAAAAAACCUAAAAAUCAAUUUUAAAAAAAUGAAAGUUGAGUGGAAGAUUUGUAAUACAAUUUGCACUGAAAAUCUUCCACUCAACUUUCAUUUUUUAAAAAUUUGGAAAAUCUCAAAAAUGUCUUUUUUAUUUCCUGUAUUAUGUUGUUUUACAUUUUAGGAUGCUGUCAAGACCUGUGCAACACAAGAGCAGUCAGUGUAUGUUAUUUUUUCUUUAUAAUACAUCACAACAUAUCGUACAGUACUUUAAACUUUUUAUGAGCUUUUUUUAAAAUAACUGGUACUGUAUACUUUUGAAGACUCAUUCAGUAUAAUGUUUGUAAAAAGGUCUAGAAUAACGAAUUCAAUUUCAGAAAACAAGUUAGAAGCCAAAAAGAAGUGAAAGAAGAAGAGUCAAGAGACUAUAAACAAGAAGAAUCUCAGCAACAGCCUUCGGAAACAACUUGUCGCUAA